AUGGCGGUGUUCCUUGGAUCAAUCAAGGGUCUCCGUGUUGGUCUGAACUUGGCACUGGCUAUUGCUUUGCACAACAUACCUGAGGGUGUAGCUGUUGCACUUCCUGUUUAUUUUGCUACACAAAGCAAAUGGCAGGCAUUCAAGUUGGCUACCCUUUCCGGUUUCGCCGAGCCCCUCGGUGUAAUUAUUGUAGCUUACUUGUUCCCGAGCAGCUUGAAUCCUGAAAUUCUGGAGGGGCUUCUUGGAUCAGUUGGUGGAGUAAUGGCUUUUUUGACCUUGCAUGAAAUGUUACCCCUGGCAUUUGAUUACGCCGGGCAAAAGCAAGCCGUAAAAGCUGUAUUCGUCGGCAUGGCUUUCAUGUCUGCUAGCCUAUAUUUUCUGGAGAUCAGCUUGCCAGCAGAUUUGAGCUUGUAA